UCAAUAAUGACGGCCAUGAUGAUUUCAAAGUGGGUGGCAGACGGCAUUGAGAAACACAGAAUUAGUGAUCUUUUAAUAAAACUCAAUAAGCAUCUUAUUUACCUGGAUUCAAAAGUCGAAUACGUGACAACAAAAAGCACUGUUGAACUUUAUCAAAGGAAUUUGAGAAUUGAAAGCUAA